AUGCAUGGAAAAGGAAAGUUAGAUUUUGCAGACGGUAACCAAUACAUAGGUGAUUGGGUUGAUGACCGAAGAACGGGCCAAGGUGUUUAUAGCUACGCUAAUGGUGGCCAUUCACGCUCAGCUAUUACUCGCUUUACCUAUCAAAUAAAUGAACAAGUAUCGGGACAACGGAAAGAUAACAAAAUGAACGGACAAGGAAAGUUUGAUUUUGCAACCGGCGAACAGUACAUAGGUGAUUGGUUGGAUGACGACAACAAAGAACAUGGAAAAGGAACAUUUGUUUGGGGGCCUGGAAGUCAAUGUUCAGGCGAUGAAUACACAGGUGAUUGGGUUGAUGGACGUAGGACAGGUCAAGGUGUUUACAUUAGUGCCAAUGGUAAUCGCUACGAGUGCAGAUAUUCACAAAUCAUUCGUUAA